AUGGCCGACCCCAUCAUGGACCUCUUUGACGACCCCAACCUGUUCGGCCUCGGCCCCCUCCCCCCCCGAGGAGCUGGUGGCCCCGCCCCCUGCCCCGCCCCCUCCCUCCGCGGAGGCCCCGCCCCCUCCCGACCCAUUGGCCGAGGCCCUGGGGCUCUCGGGGGCGCUGGACCCGCCCCCAAACCUAAUCUGCCCCAGAAUCUGCCCCCGAGCCCCGCCCAGCCCGAGCCGGAAGUGCUGAGCCAGGGCAAUCCCUUCAUGGGCGUGUCCGCCCCGCCCCCACAGGCCCCGCCCAAAAUCGUCAUCCUCAAAGCCCCGCCCCCCGCCGGGGGAGGCCCCGCCCCCGCGGCCACGCCCAACGGCGGCAAAGUCACCUUGGCCAAGGUGUUGGCCCCGCCCACCGUGCGGGCGGGGGGCGUGGCUGCGGCGGGAGGGGGCGUGGCCUCGGCAGCGGCAGCAGGGGGCGUGGCCUCAGCGGCAGGGGGCGGGGCCAGGCAGGUGAAGCAGCUGCUGCUGCAGCCCCUGAAGGCGGCGACGUCAGCGGGGGGCGGAGUCACGGCCGGGGCCACGCCCCUGAAACACCUGGGGAGCCUGGGGCCUGCACAGGGCGAGUCCAAGCGCAUCACCCUGGUGCUGCAGCAGACACCGGGCCCCGGUGCCGGCGAGUCCAAGCGCAUCACCCUGGGCGAGUCCAAGCGCAUCACCCUGGGCGAGUCCAAGCGCAUCACCCUGGUGCUGCAGCAGACACCGGGCCCCGGUGCCGCACCCGGCCAGCGCCACGUCGUCCUGGGCACGCUGCCCGGCAAGCUGCUCCUGCAGGGCGGGGCCGCGGCCACGCCCGGCGCCACGCCCAAGGCCGCGCCCGGCGCCGCCCCGGCCAAGGUGGUGACCAUCCAGCUGCAGGUGCAGCCCCCGGCCGCGGCCGGACAGGCGGCCGGACAGAAGAUCCAGCUGCUGCAGCCCGGGGCGGGGCCCGUGGGCGUGGCCCAGGUGCCGCAGGUGGUGGGCGGGGCCGGGCAGAGGCUGACGGUGCCGCUCAAGGUGGUGCUGCAGCCGCAGGCCAGCUCCUCCUCCGGCCCCGCCUCCUCCUCGGGCCUCUCGGUGGUCAAGGUGCUGAGCGGCUCCGAGGUGACCGCGCUGACCGGCGCCCCCGCGCCGUCCCCGCGCGCGGCCGCGGCCGCGGACGAGAGCCGGCGGCUGGAGCACCAGAAGAAGCAGGAGAAGGCGAACCGCAUCGUGGCCGAGGCCAUCGCGCGCGCCCGCGCCCGCGGCGAGCAGAACAUCCCGCGCGUGCUCAACGAGGACGAGCUGCCCAGCGUGCGGCCCGAGGACGAGGGCGACCGCAAGCGCCGGCGCAAGGACAGGGCGGCCGCGGGCAAGGAGGAGCGGCCGCGGCGCGGCAAGGGGCAGGGACGCAGCAAGGCCAGGGCCAAGGCCAGCACCAUCACGCCGGUGGUCAGCAAGAAGCGCAAGCGCAACGCCAGCUCGGACAACUCGGACUCGGAGGCGCUGCCGGCGCCGUCCCCGCGCCAGGACGACGACGGCGGGGGAGGGGGCGGGGGCGGAGUCCAGAAGCGGCGCUCGAACCGGCAGGUGAAGCGCAAGAAGUACACGGAGGACCUGGACAUCAAGCUGACGGACGACGAGGAGCUGGACGAGGAGCUGGACGUGACCGGACCGGCGGCGGCGGCGCGGCCGGAGAGCGCCGACCACGAGCGGCCGCCGGCGCCGAGCGCGCCCAGCGCGGGCACGGACGGCGAGGGCGCGGACGCGGCGCUGCCCUCCAUGCAGUUCUUCGUGGAGAACCCGAGCGAGGAGGACGCGGCCAUCGUGGACAAGGUGCUGUCCAUGCGCGUGGUCAAGAAGGAGCUGCCGUCGGGACAGUUGGUGGAGGCCGAGGAGUUCUUCGUCAAGUACAAGAACUACUCGUACCUGCACUGCGAGUGGGCGACGAUCGCGCAGCUGGAGAAGGACAAACGCAUCCACCAGAAGCUGAAGCGCUUCAAGACCAAAAUGAACCAAAUGCGGCACUUCUUCCACGAGGACGAGGAGCCCUUCAACCCCGACUACGUGGAGGUCGAUCGGAUCCUGGACGAGUCGCACAGCGUGGACAAGGACAACGGCGAGCCCGUGGUGUAUUACCUGGUGAAAUGGUGCUCGUUGCCGUAUGAGGACAGCACCUGGGAGCUGCAGGAGGACGUGGACGAGGCCAAGGUGGCCGAGUUCAAGCGGAUCCAGGCGCGGCACCCCGAGCUCAAGAGACAGCCCCGCCCCCAGGCCGGCGCCUGGAAGAAGCUCGAGGCGUCGCACGAGUACAAGAACCACAACCAGCUGCGGGAGUACCAGCUGGAGGGGGUGAACUGGCUGCUCUUCAACUGGUACAACAGGCAGAACUGCAUCCUGGCGGACGAGAUGGGGCUGGGCAAGACGAUCCAGUCGAUCGCGUUCCUGCAGGAGGUGCACGGCGCAGGUGUGCGCGGCCCCUACCUGGUGAUCGCGCCGCUCUCCACCAUCGCCAACUGGGAGCGCGAGUUCGGCACCUGGACGCACCUGAACACCAUCGUGUACCACGGCAGCCUGGCCAGCCGGCAGAUGAUCCAGCAGUACGAGAUGUACUGCAAGGACGGCAAGGGCCGGCUGAUCCCGGGCGCGUACAAGUUCGACGCGCUGAUCACGACGUUCGAGAUGAUCCUGUCGGACUGCCCCGAGCUGCGCGAGGUCCAGUGGCGCUGCGUGGUCAUCGACGAGGCGCACCGCCUGAAGAACCGGCACUGCAAGCUGCUGGACAGCCUCAAGCACAUGGACCUGGAGCACAAGGUGUUGCUCACCGGCACACCUUUGCAGAACACGGUCGAGGAGCUCUUCAGCCUCCUGCACUUCCUGGAGCCGUCGCAGUUCCCGUCCGAGGCCGAGUUCCUCAAGGACUUCGGGGACCUGAAAACCGAGGAGCAGGUGCAGAAGCUGCAGGCCCUGCUGAAGCCCAUGAUGCUGCGGCGCCUCAAGGAGGACGUGGAGAAGAACCUGGCGCCCAAGCAGGAGACCAUCAUCGAGGUGGAGCUGACCAACGCGCAGAAGCGCCUGUACCGCGCCAUCCUCGAGAGGAACUUCGCCUACCUGGCCCGGGGGGCGGGGCACGGCAACGUGCCCAACCUGCUCAACACCAUGAUGGAGCUGCGCAAGUGCUGCAACCACCCCUACCUCAUCAACGGUGCGGAGGAGCAGAUCGUGGCCGAGCUGAGGGCCUCCCUGCCCGCGCUGCCCGGCCCCGAGCUGGCGCUGCAGGCCCUGGUGCGCUCGGCCGGCAAGCUGGUGCUGCUGGACAAGCUGCUGCCCCGGCUGCGCGCGGGAGGACACAAGGUGCUGGUCUUCUCGCAGAUGGUGCGCUGCCUGGACAUCCUGGAGGACUACCUCAUCCAGAAACGGUACCCGUACGAGCGCAUCGACGGGCGCGUGCGGGGCAACCUGCGCCAGGCCGCCAUCGACCGCUUCAGCCGGCCGGACUCGGACCGCUUCGUGUUCCUGCUGUGCACGCGGGCCGGCGGGCUGGGCAUCAACCUGACGGCGGCCGACACCUGCAUCAUCUUCGACUCGGACUGGAACCCCCAGAACGACCUCCAGGCCCAGGCUCGCUGCCACCGCAUCGGGCAGAGCAAGGCGGUCAAGGUCUAUCGCCUCAUCACCAGGAACUCGUACGAGCGCGAGAUGUUCGACAAGGCCAGCCUGAAGCUGGGCCUGGACAAGGCCGUGCUGCAGAGCAUGAGCGGCCGCGACGGCUCCAUCGCCGGGAUCCAGCAGUUCUCCAAGAAGGAGAUCGAGGACCUGCUGCGCAAGGGCGCCUACGCCGCCAUCAUGGACGAGGACGACGAGGGCGCCAAGUUCUGCGAGGAGGACAUCGAGCAGAUCCUGCUGCGGCGCUCCACCACCAUCACCAUCGAGAGCGAGGGCAAGGGCUCCACCUUCGCCAAGGCCAGCUUCGUGGCGUCCGAGAACCGCACGGACAUCGCGCUGGACGACCCCAACUUCUGGCAGAAGUGGGCCAAGAAAGCCGACCUGGACCUGGAGCUGCUCAACAGCAAGAACACGCUGGUCAUCGACACGCCGCGCGUCCGGAAGCAGACGCGCCACUUCAGCACGCUGCGGGACGAUGACCUGGUGGAGUUCUCGGACCUGGACAGCGACGACGACCCCGAGCGGCCGGACCGGGCCGGGGGCGCGCCCCGCACGCGGCGCGGCGGCCACGCCCACGCGUUCGGGAGGAGCGACUGCGUGCGGGUGGAGAAACACCUGAUGGUCUACGGGUGGGGCCGCUGGCGCGAGCUGGCCGCCCAGGGCCGCUUCAAGCGCCGGCUCUCGGAGCGGGACGCGGAGAGCCUGGGCCGCGCCAUCGUGCUCUUCUGCCUGCGGCACUUCCGCGGCGACGACGGCACCAGAGCGUUCAUCUGCGCGCUGCUGAGCCCCGGGCACAGCAACGGCCGGGCACGGAGCAUGGCCGGGCAGCUCGGGUCGCUGCCGCGGGGCCGCAAGGGCCGGAAGGCGCCGAAGGUUCCGGAAGGUUCCGCGGGCGCCGAGUGGCUGCUGCAGGACGAGGGGUACCGCAAACACCUGCGGCACCCACUGCGGGAAGUGAGUCCCAAAAAUCCGCUGCUGCUCCGGGUGCGCGCCCUGCACUUCCUGCGGCACGAGGUGAUCGGGGAGCAGGCCGAGCGCGUCCUGGCCGGGGCCAGCGCCAGCGGGGAGGUGCAGAUCGGGUUCCCGGUGCUGGAGCAGCCGGAGCCGCCCUCGGCCUGGUGGGACCCCGAGGCCGACAAAUCGCUGCUGCUGGGGGUCUUCAAGCACGGGUACAAGCGGUACCACACGAUGCGGGCGGACCCCGCCCUGUGUUUCCUGGCCCGGGCCGGGGGUCCCGACGCCACGGCCGUGGCGGGCCGAGCAGCGCCUGGAGGGGCCCGAGGGGGCCGACUUGGACAGAGACCCCGAGGACCCCGAGUACAAACCCCUGCAAGGGGGAGAGGAGAGCGACCCCCUGGCCGGGCUGGACGAGGAGAUCUCGGUGGUGGACGGCGACGAAGGUUCUGCAUCCUCCUCAUCCUCGUGGCCCUCGGCCCCCGCCCUGACCGCGCGUUCAGCAUCCUCCUCAUCCUCGUGGCCCUCGGGCCCCGCUCUGAGCGCGCGUUUGCCCCAAAUUCACCCCAAAUUCACCCCAAAUUCUCUCCCCCCAGGUUCUGCAUCCUCCUCAUCCUCAUCCUGGCCCUCGGGCCCCGCUCUGACCGCGCGUUCAGCAUCUUCAUCCUCCUCAUCCUCGUGGCCCUCGGCCCCCCGCUCUGA